AUAUAUAUAUAUAUGUUUUUACUUAGAUAAAGCUGAAGGGUAAAAACUACGUUUUCUUUUUUAGUUUUUUUCUUUUUAAAACAGCUUACCCUCUUUUGGAAUCAAUGAUGGAGUUAAGUCAUAAGUGUGUGUACAUAUGAGAGGCUGUGUUUGGUUUGUUUCGCCCCAACAACAAACAUAAACUUUCUCUCUCUUUCUCCACAGAGACACGGCACGGUAACAAACCAUGCCAGAAGCAAAUCGGUUUUCAUAUCUGAGACUUUGAAUAACUAUCAAAUGUGUGAACUCAUCUUCUACCAAGGAAUGCGUCAACAAAGUUGAAUUCCUUAAAGUUUUUUUUUUUUUUUAAAAACUUCUUUGAAAAGUUUUAAUUUUUUUAAUUUAUUAAAUAAAUACAUGUAGUUUAACUCAUUCAAAACCCUAAAGAUUUCCUCAAAAUGGCUUACUACGCUAUUGAUCCGCCUCCAACAGUUCCCUCCAGAGUAAGAGAUCGCACACAGCGAAAGGUUUUCAUCCCGGGUCAGAAGGAUAGUAAAGAAAAUAUAUCUGAUAUGACAGAUUUCACAGAGAAGUCACCUACAUUGAUAACACUGGAUGACUUGGAAUCCACCAGUAAAUUUAGUUCAGAUUUAGAAGGACUUGAUUUAAGUUACCCUAACUUGGGAUCAAAUACUCUGAAGAAAGGUUUAAGUAAUUCUAUGGAAGAUUUAAGUGCAACAAGCAAAGCCUACCCAGAUAUCAGUGGUUUGUUCUAUGAACUGAGGUCAGAUGUGUAUUUCAACAGUUGUGUGCCUCCUCCAAUUGGCUUCAGUCAUUUAACAGAUUGUCCUGUUAAUAUUGAACAACGUGUGCCAUUAUCACAAGUCUCACGGUCUCAACCACCAGAACAAGCCUUGCAAUUACCGUCACAACAAAAACCCCCGUGUCCAUUCUCUCCUCAAAGUUACCAAAAUGUACAGACUUCAACGCCUUUUCAGUACCCGUCUCCUGCUCUUGUAACUAAUUCCCAUCAAAUGCUAGUCCCAUCGCCUUUGCCAUGGGAAGGAGACCCCUCAGGUUUGUUCAAAGAGAGAAAACCUUCCCUAUCUAACAUGCAUCGUCCAGCCAGCUUGAAUGAUCUGGAUGACAUUGAUACUUACCCUAAAACUGUACCCUUAACAAACAGUGCCUCUGCAACAACAACCCCUGUUGUGGACACCUUCAGCAUUGAGUACCCUCAAGGAAAUGGAAUUGCUCACACAACAGCAAAUCUCAUAGAUUUUUAUGAUAGAGAAUAUCUCAAUUUAGCAGACUUUGAUCCUUACAGAGUGGAACAACAAAUUUGUUCUUCGGUGUCGUCUCCACAAGAAUCAUCAGCUGUGUCCCCUCCAAAGGAUAAGGGUAUGAGAAAGUCUGAGAGUGAAAAUGAUUUAUUGAAUUGCACGUCACUUCUUUUGGAAUGGUCAGAAGUUCCUGAUAAAAAUAGCCCUGCACAGGUCAGUAAGAACAACAAUGAUUUAUUUCACAUAUCAUUUCUUGAGGAAUGGGCUGAAACUGCUGAUGUAAGUAACACUGCACAGGCUAGCGAGGAAACGGCACAAAGUUGGAACCAUGACUAUGCAAACUCCAUGGUUGAACUCUCCCAGAGUUCUAAUAUUAUUGUUGAUUUACCAAAAAUGCCACAAAAAGACGACAACAAACCUUUGGAUACAAUUGUACCAUUACAGCACUACCCUACUAAGAAACCUACUAAGGAUUUCUCUAAACAGGAUAUACCGCCAAAAAGUACCUCGUGGACAUUUCUCCGUAAGGAAGCCAGCUAUGAGAAGCUAAGGAAUGAAGCCUUUGUUGAUGAAGAAUUUGAAUCUUUUUGUAAAACUGUCACUGAAUUAAAGCACAAAUACAAAUCUGUGGAUCAUGUCACCAACCUCGGCUUCAUCGUUAGUCCCAUAUGCAACUUCAGUAAUGAAGCCAAGUCAAUUAAAGUGGUUAUACACACAAAGAAGCAAGUGGAAGCCUUUGAAUUUACCUGUGAUAUAAAUACUUUAGUGGAACAUGUCAUCUAUCAAAUUGUUUUCAACGAACGCUACUCCCUUAACAAUCCAGUUACGUCUGACUACAUUCUCAAAGUCUUUGAUCGUUCAGAAUAUCUUCUCAACAAUUUGGAAUUAUCUCGAUAUGAGUAUGUCCAUGCAUGUCUCAAAAUGAACACAGAAAUACGAUUCCAGCUAAUGAGACUACAAGACAUUCCUCGAAAACUCAUACGAACAGUAGAUGAUGAUCGUCAAUUACUUAACUACCCAAGAUACUGUAUUCAGGGUAGAAAUAAAGGAGAAUUAACCAGAGAUGGCCUUGAAAUUCUUAUGGAAACAUUUUACAAAGAAAUCGAAAGGCUAAGUGACCGUGCCUUAAAAGAUAAAGAUAUUCAAUCAAUGUCACUGAAGCAGUCUGUAAAAGCAGUUUGUUCAAUGCUGGAAAAACUGGAGACAGUGGAAUUAGUUACUGCAAUGGAACGGGUUGAGAACAUUGUUAACGAACUAUCUAAUAAUAGCAAAUUGGCUACACAAGACAGUGCUGAUCGCAAAGAACAACUGAAUUUAGAAAGCUUGGAGACAAAAUGUUCCUUGAUUGAAAAUUUACAAGAUAGCUUGGAAAUGCUCGUUAUUGCUGUGAAAAAUUUGGUUAACCUCUACUGCAAGACAUUCCAAACAGAUUUCCUUCUCAGCUCAAGCAGACAAGAAACCAGAGAGUCACAAGAAGUCAUUUUAAUCAGUGACAACUUCAUAGUUCAUAUAUCCACAGUUCACCGACUUCCAGUGAAGUGGACUAAACUAUACCAAGGAUACACUGUUGAAUGCGGGCUCUGUUAUGGGGGACAAAAUAUUACACAGCAUAAAAGUACAGCAGUAAGGCCUCUGUCAAACUCUGGGCUCAGUGAAAGAGUUCUUUGGAAUGAAUGGUUAGAUUUUGAAACUCUGCAAUUGUUUUCAAUUCCUCGGGAAAGUCGAUUAUCCUUAACAUUGCGUGGACUUCCAAGUUCCGGCAACACAUCAUCGGACAAUCCCGUGAACCAUGGGCCAGUGGUGUUAGCCGGAGCAACUGUCCAGCUUUUCAGUUACAAAGGACAUCUUGUACAAGGUAGUCAACUGGUGCCGAUGACUAUGGGAACUGCAGCUGACCCUCUUGGUCCCACGUCUUCAGCCAUCACUUCAGAAAGUAUUUUCUUACAGAUAAAUCUGCCAGAUUUUGGGAAAUUUAUGAUCUUUUCUGAACCUACCACGAUUCUUCCAAGCAUCAAGAGAACUUUUGAGUCUUUAAGUGCAGAAGAUCAAGAGAUAAUCGCUGGUGUUUUAGAGAAAGAUUCUGCUACACAGUGCACCGAAGUUGAGUUGAAGUUAUUGUGGGACAAGAGAGAACAUUUAAUGGAUAACCCUGCAUUCCUUCCACGAGUCCUCCAGGCUGUUCCCAGCUGGAAAUCCCAUUGUUUACCUGAAAUCUAUAGCUUGCUUGAACUCUGGGAACCAAUUCAGCCAACUCAAGCUUUUGAACUACUUCUUCCUUAUUAUCCUGAUGCCCAUGUCAGGGAAAUGGCUGUUGACUGUUUACAGAGUCUUCCAACUGAUCAACUUAUUGAUUAUCUUCCUCAAUUAAUAGAGGCCCUCAAGUUUGACUGCUAUCACAACUCCCCACUGGCUAAGAUGUUAUUAGAGAAGUCUUGUCAUAGUAUCCAGUUUGCUCACAAAUUUUUCUGGUUAUUAAAAGGAGCCGCUCAAGACAAUUCCUGCAAACAUUGGUUCAAAUUAAUGUUUGUGGCUCUUGCAAAUGUUGCCGGAGAGUCUUUGUAUGAAGAAUUCCGUAAACAGGAGGAUUUGGUGAAAAUUCUCAGUUCUAUGGCUGAAAAAUUGAAAUCAGCAAAAGACAAAGAUUUGUGUCUUCAACAACAGCUGGAUAUCUUGUAUAAAUGGUUUGCCAAGAAAGGUGAAAUACACCUUCCUUUUAACCCCAGUUUUGAAGUGUGUGGCAUCGAUUUGAAGUCCUCUUCGUAUUACACCUCCAAUGCUUUCCCCUUGAAACUAGUUUUCAAGAACUGUAACCCAGAAGCUGAACCUGUCUACAUUAUGUUCAAGGUGGGUGAUGAUCUCCGUCAAGAUAUGCUGACCCUCCAGAUGAUUCGAAUUAUGGACAAGUUGUGGCAGCAAGAAAAAUUAGAUUUAAAGAUAAUUACUUUUGCUUGUCUCAGUACUGGACCAAAGAAAGGAAUGGUCGAAAUUGUUACAGAAUCUGAAACACUUCGGAAAAUCCAAGUUUCUUAUGGACUAACUGGUUCUUUCAAAGAGCGACCACUUCAAGAAUGGUUACAAAAAAAUAACCCAACUCAACUAGAAUAUGACAAAUCUUUGGACAACUUCUUGUGUUCUUGUGCUGGCUAUUGUGUGGCCACUUACGUAUUGGGUAUAUGCGACAGACACAACGACAAUAUCAUGUUGAAGCAGUCGGGACAUUUGUUUCACAUUGACUUUGGCAAGUUUCUUGGUGAUGCUCAGAUGUUUGGCAGCUUCAAAAGGGACCGAGUUCCAUUUGUUUUGACCUCCGACAUGGUAUAUGUCAUUAAUGGUGGAGACAAAAACUGUAGUCGAUUCCAGCGCUUUGUGGAUCUCUGCUGUACUGCAUUCAAUAUUCUUCGCAGAAACAGGAAUCUUUUCCUCAAUUUCUUUUCUUUGAUGUCACGAUCAGGAAUUCCUGGUGUGUCUGAGAAUGCUGUCACCUAUAUACAGCAAGCGCUACUUCCUGGAAAAUCCGAUGCCGAAGCUGCUGCUAUCUUCACACGCAUGAUUGAAGACAGUUCCCGCUCAGUUUUCACACAGUUUAAUUUCUUCAUGCACAACCUUGCUCAACUAAAAUUCUCCAGCCACAAUGAAGGUGCCUUGUUGUCAUUUGUUCCAAAAACCUACAGCAUCCACACAGAUGGACGUAUUACAAAUAUUGAAGUCAUCAACUUCCAGAAACGAUACACUCCUGAGAAACAUUAUACAUAUGUAAUUAGAAUCAUGAGACAAAAUGUGAAGGUGCCAUCCAUAGUCUUUCGGCAUUUCUCAGAGUUCUUAGAGUUUCGAGAAAAACUGAUGCAGCGAUUCCCAUUGGUCUACUGGCCCCCCUUAUCUGGAAAGGUCAUGUUUGGUCGAAGUAAUGUAAGGACGGUAGCUGUGAAUCGCAAGGUAGAAAUUUCUAGCUUUGUGAAAGAGAUAUUCAAGCAUGCACCUGAGAUCUCUGAGUGUGACCUUGUCUAUACUUUCUUUCAUCCACUCAUUCGAGAUGAACAAAGUUCUGGUCUGAACAUGAACAAUGGUUUGCAGGAUACUGUCAAUAAUGUCCGGAAUAUGACUUCGACAGGAAUCCGAGGAGAACUAAAAAUAUCAAUUCAGUACCAAAAAGAACACCUCCAAGUUAUGAUCAUGCAUGCAAGAGGCUUGAGUUCAUAUGGAAUUGAAAACCCCAGUCCUUACGUAAAACUCUACUUGCUACCAGAUCCUGAAAAACUAACGAAGCAAAAAACUAAAGUGGUUAAGCAUUCAACACACCCAACUUACAAUGAAGUUAUGCAGUACAAGAUGUCUCUGGAAGAUGUUAAGAAGCGAACUUUACAAGUGACUGUUUGGAACCAUGACGUCUUGAAAGAGAACCAGUUCAUGGGUGCUAUAUAUAUCCAUUUACGAAGACUAGACCUCAGUCAAGAAAACACAGAAUGGCGCUGCCUUGGUAACCUACAGAUGUCAAGUACCAGCCAUAUUUCCUGAUGAUGCCUUUUUUUCCCCCACAUACAGCCUACCAGUUGGUGCCUUCAUCAUAUUCAAAUCAUUCAAACAAUGGAGGUUCCAUUAAACUACCAUUAUUUUCAUCAUCAUCAUCAUUGUCAUCAUCAUCACCAUUGUACAAAUCAUUGAUAAUUAUAUGAUUCAUUGACCGUAACUUUGUAAGUCGUUGUGGCCUUGUGGCAAUGUUUAAAAUUAUUAUACAAGACUGCUCUUUUACUCCAAAAUUUUAAAAUAUUUUCUAUAAAGCAAAAAAAUGAAAGAUUUAAAAAAAAAAAUAUCAUCUCAUGGGAAUAAUUUUUGAAAAUGAUUAAUUAUUAUACAAUGAAAUAUAUUUAGCACAUGAGUUUUCUGCAAGAAAACUCAUCACCUUUUACAUCAAGUGUUGCCUUAACUUAAUCAAAGCAUCAAAUUCUUCAUCACAAAAUACACAGCAGGCUCUAAAACUGCAAAUGCUUAUGUAUAUGUGAUUGAUAGAUAUAUAUGUAUAUUUAUGCCUAUAUACAUAUAUGUAUCUGCAUGCAUGUGUGUAUAUAUGUGAGUAUUAUACAUAAAUUUGCAUCUAAUUUAUCAAACAAUUUUUUUUUUUUGUCUUUUACCAAAUUAUUCUAAUUUCCCCAUUCCAUUCAGCCAUUUUAAAUUCACUGCUGGAUGAAGCCAUGCUGACCAAUUGCAGGUUGGAUGUAGUGCUUAUAGUGUCAGGUCAGGUGAUUAGACUCUGGCCAUUGCACAACUAAGCGGAAUUCAAACUCAGAAGAGGUGAAACAGGUGUGCAAUAUAAGGCAUCUUCUCUGAUACGCUAAAGAAUUCCGUUAAGUUCCAUCCAUCCACUGCCCUGAACUGGUAGAUUAUUUAUCAACUCUGACACAAAGAGGAAAGGUCAAAAUUUUCAUCUGCUGUAUUUAAGAAAAACAAUUAGAAAAUGACCUUAUCUUCCAAAAUCAUUAUUCUUCUAAUUGCAGUGAUAUCAUGACAAGGGACAGAUCAUAUUUGAUUGAUUAUUACCUAGCUAUUCUUUCUCCCAGGGUACCACAUUCAUUAUACUGUAUUACUAGGAGCCCUACCCUGGUAAAUACCUACCUGCAUGGUUUGUAGAUUGAGGUGUGGAGGGUGGAAAUAUUUGUUUUUGUUUGUUUUGUAGGACACUUUGACUUUUUGAUAUACUGUAAAAACAAAAAAAAUUAAAAGCAAAAGAAAAGAAAGGGAGAAAGAAGGAAAGAAAGAAAGAAUGGCUUUGUUGUGUAUUUACGGAAGAGAGGAAUUCCAGUCACGAAAA